CGCUGAACAUGGCAGCUGCAUUGUGGACGGAAUUCAAGGCGCUGACGUCGCCGUACGAGUCGCUUGUGCUUGACUGGGCCGACCCGAGCGGGCAAUAUAAGCAGAACCCUAUGGUGGACUGGCCGUUGGCUGACUUCAGCUCGGCGGCUGCCAUCGCAUUGGGGUACUUGGCGUUUGUGAUGGUCGGGACGCUGGUGAUGAAAGCAGGCGUGCCUGCGUUCAACACGUCGGCGUUGCAAUUCGUGUACAACCCGAUCCAAAUUGCGCUCUGCUCGUACAUGUGCAUUGAAGCCGGCAUCCAAGCGUACCGCCACAACUACUCCGUCAUGCCGUGCAACAGCUACAACACGACGUCCCCCGUCAUGGGCAACGUCAUGUGGUUGUUCUACAUCUCCAAGAUCCUGGAUUUUGCCGACACGUUCUUCAUCAUUGCUGGCAAGAAGUGGAAGCAGCUCUCGUUCUUGCACGUGUACCACCACUUGACGAUCUUCUCCAUCUACUGGCUCAACUUCCGCGCGUUGUACGAUGGCGACAUCUACCUCACGAUUAUCUUGAACGGGUUCAUCCACACCAUCAUGUACACGUACUACUUCGUCAGCGCCCACACCAAGACGAUCUGGUGGAAAAAGUACUUGACGACCAUGCAGCUCAUUCAGUUUGUCACCAUGAACGUCCAAGCCGUCAUGACCAUCUCCAAGGAGUGCAAGGGCACGCCCCAGAACAUCGCGAUCAUGUACUUAGUGUACAUCCAGUCGCUCUUCUGGCUCUUCAUGCACUUCUUCAUCACGUCCUACUGCUCGUCGCCGCGCAAGGAAGGCACCGACAAGAAGCGCAACUAGAUUGACUCCCGCGCGCCGCCUUGUCUUCAUUGCAUCCAGUUGCCAGAGAUUUGCAUACUUGUUCGUGGCACGCCUAGGUUAGGCAUCCAUGAAGUGUACCUUCAAAAUAAAAAUACGUAUCACGGACUAUCUUUAGAGGAAACG